AUGGCUACUGCUCUCAGAUUCCUGCUUCAAAAAACGACUUCCCGAGCAGUAUGUCCUUCUCCGGCAGAUUGUCGUUUUGACCUCUCCCUCCCCAGAAAGCUGAGCUCCUCCUUCCUUUCUAACGGGUCAUUUUCGAACCAUCGGGGAUAUUUUCGGUCAAGAAAUUUCUCCACUGAGGCAUCUGAGGAGGUGGUCACUCAAGAUUUGAAUUCUUCUGUUGCUGCAGCUCUGAAUCUCGACAAUCGUGUUCCGGCCACCGUGAUCACCGGAUUUCUGGGCUCCGGGAAGACUACCCUUUUGAAUCAUAUAUUAACAUCUCAACAUGGAAAGCGGAUUGCUGUCAUAGAGAAUGAGUUUGGUGAAGUAGAUAUCGAUAGUUCGCUAGUUGCUAGUCAUUCCUCGUCUAAUGAGGAUAUUAUCAUGGUAAAUAAUGGUUGUCUAUGCUGUACUGUGCGUGGAGAUCUUGUCAAAAUGUUACUAGAAUUGGUGAAGAAGAAGAGAGAUAAAUUCGACCACAUUGUCAUCGAAACCACAGGUAUGUUAGAUGUGUGA